GUAUCGUUAGCAAUGGCUUUCCAUCCCCCGCACUCAGCAGACAAGGAGCAGAUCAUGGAUCCCUUGCAGCAAAAUCUGUUUUUUGAGGGAUUUCUGAGGAAAAGGAAAGACACCAUGAAAUUAACUUGGGCAAAAUACUGGUUCAAGCUUCAGAACACAACAUUGUAUUUCUACACCAAGAGAAACGCCGAACCCGCUUGUCUCCGUGGUCAAUAUCACAUGUAUUCUGCGCAGUCAGUGAGGCGCGUGGACACUCCAGAUGGAGACUUCACCUUUGAAAUAGUCAUGAAGAAUGGAAAGAAGAAAUUACUGAGUGCGGAGUCAGAUGAGCUGCGGGACGUGUGGAUACAGCUCCUGUGGAAAUCCAUGCAGCUUCCGGGCCCCAGCCGCUCCAGCUCCUCCUGCACCUGGUUUGACGUCCCGGAGCUCGUCCGCCGCGGUCACUCGGCUUCUCUUCCCUUCAGCUCUGAUCAGACUCUGAGCGACAGCGUCUCCGAAAAUCCACCAGGAUCGGUGCAACAAAGCGAAAGCUCCUUGUCUUUAGAUAACUCGAGUUUUCCAGCAUCGACCCGAUCGGUGCGAGACGUUCACAGCGGAAGUGACGGUGGUGCCAAUCCUGACUCCAACAUCUAUGAUUUUCCCAGACCUCACAUAUACCCUUCCACCCAACCUGCUGCGGCACCUGAUGCUGCUUCACCUGCGUCUCUUGUUCCCUCAUGGGGAGAUGGAACAAGAUCUUUAUUUCCUGGUGUGGAGCCGCAGCGCAUGUUGAUGACCGAUAUAAACGUCUACGACACUCCAGUCCCCAUGACCUCACAGAGGCUCGCAGGGCUGGACACAGCUGGAACAUCAGAUGCCUAGAAUUCUGGAUUACUGGAGAGAAUUACACAGAGGUCUGCUCCACCUGCACACCAGGCACAUAGGGUGCAGAUUUCAUGGCGGGGGUGUCAACUCUGAAGAUGUGAAGGGGCAGGACUGCAGCAGAGGACUGUGGUGUAUGGGGGGGCUACUAAGGUCUGCGGUGUAGAGGAGGGGGGCUGCAGAGGACUGCAGUGUAGAGGAGGGUG